GUCGGGGCCGUCCCGGGCUUUUGCAAGCGGCGCGGCGGGCCUGCGAGUUGGGGCUGCAGCAGCUUCCUCGACCUGCCUCUCGUGCUUGGCGGCCGUCUGGGUCAGGCCCGGCCCGCGCGGGGGGCAGGCGGCGUCUGCCUCAGGCGGAGGCGGAGGUGCGGCGGAGGGUGGGGGCCGCUGCCUUCGCAGGCGCCCGGGCCGGCCCGCGCCUUUGCACGGUGCUCCAUGCAUCCGGAGCCCGCCCCGCCCCCGAACAACAACAGCCCCGAGCUUCCCCUCAGCGGCGGCAGCACCACCAGCGGCAGCCGCCGGAGCCGCCGCCGCAGCGGGGACGGGGAGACCCCGGGGUCGUCGCCGCCGCCAGCCGCCGUCACCUACCCGGACUGGAUCGGCCAGAGUUACUCCGAGGUGAUGAGCCUCAACGAGCACUCGAUGCAGGCGCUGUCCUGGCGCAAGCUUUACUUGAGCCGUGCCAAGCUCAAAGCCUCUAGCCGGACCUCUGCUCUGCUCUCCGGCUUCGCCAUGGUGGCGAUGGUGGAGGUACAGCUAGAUGCCGACCAUGACUACCCUCCCGGGCUGCUCAUCGCCUUUAGUGCAUGCACCACGGUGCUGGUGGCCGUGCACCUGUUUGCACUUAUGAUCAGCACCUGCAUCCUGCCCAACAUCGAGGCGGUGAGCAACGUGCAUAACCUCAACUCGGUCAAGGAGUCACCCCAUGAGCGCAUGCACCGCCACAUCGAGCUGGCCUGGGCCUUUUCCACGGUCAUCGGCACGCUGCUCUUCCUGGCUGAAGUGGUGCUGCUCUGCUGGGUCAAGUUCUUGCCUCUCAAGAAGCAGCCUGGGCAGCUGCGGCCCACCAGCAAGCCCCCGGCCAGCGAUGCAGUCGCCAACGUCAGCAGCACUGGUGGCAUCACUCCGGGCCAAGCCGCCGCCAUCGCCUCCACCACCAUCAUGGUCCCUUUUGGCCUGGUCUUCAUCGUCUUUGCCGUCCACUUCUACCGCUCAUUGGUCAGCCAUAAGACGGACCGACAGUUCCAGGAGCUCAACGAGCUGGCCGAGUUUGCCCGCUUGCAGGACCAGCUGGACCACAGAGGGGAUCACCCCCUGACGCCCGGCAGCCACUAUGCAUAAGCCCUUCUGGGCCUGGGCACUUGAGAUCUUUGGCCUUAUGCCGCUCCCCACGACCUCGUCCUGCCCCAGCCUUAAGGACAGCCAGCUCCAAGGAUUGGGCUUUUUUCAGGGGGGCAGAGAGUGGAGGGAAGAGGCUUCUUCUUUAUUUUAUUUUUUUUUUUUAAGAGAAAUGACUGCACUUUGAAACUUUCCUCUAAGAGAAUAAGCACUUCCUGUUCUUCCAGCUUUGGGUUUACCUCCUGUUAGGAGGCCGCCGGUGGGAGCCACAGUGGGGCAAAUGCUCCCUUUGUCCCUCCUCCUCCCCUGUGCCAGUGCCACUUGGAUGCUUCUUGUUUUUUGUUUUUUCUGUCUUGAUCCCCCUCCCCAUUCAGUGUCGUGUGUGUGUGUGUGUGUGUGUGUGUGUGUGUGUGUGUGUCUGUAUACACAUAAAUAUACUCAUAAGGGACACCUCUUGUGUCUGUCUUUGUUGGGUCUGGACUGCCUGGUAUGAAUUCUGGCACCCCAGUCAGGUGAGCCUCUAAGUGAGAAAUUUUGUUAACAUUUUAUUUUGAAAAUUUAAAAACCUACAAAAAAGUUGCAAGAAUAGCAACUGAAAUACAUAUACAGUCAAUUCUUGUCAUUCAUAGCAGUUGUGUUCUACAAAGUCAUCAUGAACACUGAAUUAGUAUUGAA